AUGGUCUUCAUCCGUGUGGUACCGUUCGUUCGUUUUGUCUCGCUUCUCCUGGGCAUGGUCUUCAUCAGCGUGGUACCGUUCCUUCUUUCUAUCACGCUCAGCCUGGGCAUGGUCUUCAUCCGUGUGGUACCGUUCCUUCUUUCUAUCACGCUCAGCCUGGGCAUGGUCUUCAUCCGUGUGGUACCGUUCGUUCGUUUUGUCUCGCUUCUCCUGGGCAUGGUCUUCAUCAGCGUGGUACCGUUCCUUCUUUCUAUCACGCUCAGCCUGGGCAUGGUCUUCAUCCGUGUGGUACCGUUCGUUCGUUUUGUCUCGCUUCUCCUGGGCAUGGUCUUCAUCAGCGUGGUACCGUUCCUUCUUUCUAUCACGCUCAGCCUGGGCAUGGUCUUCAUCCGUGUGGUACCGUUCCUUCGUUUUGUCUCGCUUCUCCUGGGCAUGGUCUUCAUCAGCGUGGUACCGUUCCUUCUUUCUAUCACGCUCAGCCUGGGCAUGGUCUUCAUCCGUGUGGUACCGUUCGUUCGUUUUGUCUCGCUUCUCCUGGGCAUGGUCUUCAUCAGCGUGGUACCGUUCCUUCUUUCUAUCACGCUCAGCCUGGGCAUGGUCUUCAUCAGUGUGGUACCGUGUCUUCUUCCUGUCCCGUUGCGCCUGGGCAUAUGUCUCAUCUUCUUGGUACCGUUUCCUUUCUCUCUCCCGUUUGGCCUUUUUCCGGUCAUCAUCAUUGUUGUCAUUCAGUGUGAUCUUUCUCUUGCUGCUGGCAGCUUCUGAAGCCUCUGUACCUUCUUGUCUGCAGCACCGUGACAUGCUCCUUGUCUGCCUACGGCUCAAAACUGUUGUGACAACAUUAAAGUGAUCCUCAUUUUCAUGUUGUAAGUACACAGCAUUACUUGUUUCUGACAUGGUCUUAUCAUAAAUAUUCUCGUUUGAUGGGUACUUACACCAUGUCCACUUGUUGCCAUACUUAGUGUACAAAAAGAUGCGUAUUCCCAAGAAUAAAGCCAUUGCAUCCAUUUCUACCUCUGUGGCCCAUGCACCAAAGUCUCCUGGACGUUUCCCAUUGUGAGCCCAAUCCGCACGAGCCAGGUACUGGUCCAUGGUUAGUCCUCCGUCGAACCAAGACCUGUAAACAUCCUCAGACAAUGUUGACAUAAAGUGAAUCAAGUGCUGCCUUACUACAUGAUGAUACAUUUGGGUGCCACAGAUAUGGUGACUUAUGGCUCUAUAGAAGCAGUUCCCAUCUUUCUCUAUUCUGACAAGAUCACUAGAACGAGGUGGCUCCAGAGGGACAUUCCUUUGCUUCAUAUUAUGGGGUUUUGCUACAGGGAGGUUUAACUGACCUGCAAGGUACAUUUGAUCAUCUGCUGUCAAUGGGUUAAACAUAAACUGUCCAUCCUCGACCCUCCCAGGCCCCUGUUACCUCUACUUCUUGCUCAACAGCUGGCCCCUGCCCUGUUACCUCUACUUCCUGCUCAUCAGACGGCUCCUCCUCUCUGAGCUCUACCUCCUGCUCAACAGCUGGCUCCUGGUCUGUUAUCUCGGCUUCCUGCUCAUCAGCCAGCCUCUCCACUUCCUGCUUUGCCUUCCACGCACUCAACCUCUUAGUCUUGGGCACUUUCCUACGCCUUGGCAUUUCUCCUGAAAUUUACCAGAAUGUACAAAUAUUUUUAGAACUAUAGUAUACAUGUUAUACUAUAUAGACGAUAAACCGGACAGUGAGUGAGUGAGUGAGUUAUAUACAUUCAACUUUAAAAUUUGUUAAUGUUAUUGCUUGCAGCACG